AUGGCGGAGCUCAUGGGUCAGACCGCGAGCAACACCGAUCUGGACGACCUGGAUGCCGAUGGCGAAUAUGAGAUGGAUGAUGUCGAGUACGCGCAGCCUCCUGCUGCCCAGCCCGCUCCCGACACCCACGGUCAUACAACCGACGCAGAAGGCUCAGAUGUGGACGCCGAGGGCGAAGAGGUCGACGACGACGAAGACGAUGCUGAGCCAGUGGGCGAUGUCAAGAUAGCGCGUCGGGCGUCCGUUUCUGACGAGGAAGACGACUACGAUGCCGAAGAUGCCGCAAAAGAAUCCUCGGAUGCCAAGUCCAGCGACAGCGAAGACUCAACAAACGCCGACUCUGAAGAAGAAAACCAAUGGCAGGGGAGCGAAGACGGCGACGAAGACGAGCUCGUCAAGUCGUCCAACCCCAAUGUGUGCAUAUACUGCAAACAAGACGAGGACAACGACCCCAGCCCAGACUUUGAAGAAUAUCUCUCCUGUGCCGUAUGUGGAGACAAUGCACAUCGGCAAUGCGCUCAUGGCGCUAACACGCUUAGUCCCGAUGACGGUAUGCUCUCUUAUGCAAAGCGUUGGCGAUGCGACCACUGCCUCGACAAUUUCCCAACAGAGGAAGAGGAGGAGGCCCAGCCCCAACAGCCUGCAGCUCGUCGUAGGCAUUCUUCCAACAAGCUUACCAAGGAAUUGCUCCCUUCACUGCGUGGUGUUGACCCAGCAGGCCAUUCUAUUUUCAAGGACUUGAUCCUUCCGGAUGAGCAACCAGAUGGCCUCCGUUCGCUGCGGAAGCGCAAGACUUCGCAUGGAGAUGAGGCAUCAACACCUAUGCCGUCACGGCAAACGAGGAAAAAGAGAAGACCAUCCGAGGCCACUCACUCGGAUGCUGCCCCAUCAAUACCUGCAAACUCACCCAGACCACCGUCAAGAAGCGUGCGGAGUGCUCGUAGUGCCAUGGGUGAUGGUCAUGAAAGUGGGGGCGAUGGAGAGCAUACUGGAUCAGACCGGGAAACCACUCGUUUACGACCAGCACGAGCACGGCGUGGACAACCAAAAAGAACCGACAAGAGGCCACUCGCGUGGAUCGAAGAAGCGCAGGGUCUCAGCUUGAUUAUUGCCUUCCAUCUCAACAACGAAAAGGUCCAAAAGAUUGUGACUUCGAAACCAAAGAAAAAGAUCCCACUUACCAUUGAGCAAGAACGACAAGAGAGGCGGCGUGAGAGAGAUCGAGAACGUCGCGAGAGAAAUCGCCGCGCUGCACAGGCGGCACGAGAAUCACCAGAGGCCCCACACUACCCAUCUAUACAUCUCCAAUACCCCACGCCUUUUGCAGGUUUCAUGGACAAGGAGACCGAUGAGUCCAAGAGCAAGCCCUACGGUGGAGUGCUUUCCGAAGCUGAUGCGGAUACUUCCAAAACAUACCCUACGCAAGCCGACCGGAAGCGCUUCGAUGACGCUCGGAUCAAGGCUGAGGAAGACUGGAAAGCCAAGCAGGCAGCUCUUUACCCACCUGAGCCAAUACGGUCACACAAGCAAGCAGCUACUGCAAGCAAAAUCAAGUGUGUUAAUUUUGGCGGAUGGGAGAUCGACACUUGGCAUGCUGCUCCCUACCCGGAGGAGUAUAGCAAGAACAGGGUGCUUUACAUUUGCGAGUUCUGUCUCAAGUACAUGAAUUCCGACUAUGUCGCGUGGCGGCACAAGCUCAAAUGCCCAGCAAAACACCCUCCUGGCGAUGAGAUAUACCGCGACGGCAAGUACUCUUUCUUCGAAGUCGACGGCAGAAAGAACCCUGUCUACUGCCAAAACCUCUGCCUGCUUGCUAAACUCUUCCUCGGCUCUAAAACGUUAUACUACGACGUUGAGCCAUUCCUAUUCUAUGUCAUGACGGAGAACGACCAGUUUGGCUGUCAUUUUGUCGGCUACUUUUCCAAAGAAAAACGACCAAGCUCACUCAACAACGUCUCGUGUAUCCUUGUACUGCCCAUUCACCAGCGCAAAGGUUACGGACAGUAUCUGAUUGAGUUUUCCUACCUACUCACCCGUGUCGAGCGCAAAACCGGCAGCCCUGAGAAGCCUCUGAGUGACAUGGGUCUUGUAAGUUACCGCAAGUACUGGCGGCUUGUGCUAUGUGAGGAGCUACUGCAACAGAAACAACCAAUUAGUAUCUCAGCCAUAUCCGACCGCACGGGCAUGACUGCAGAUGACAUUAUAUCCGCACUGGAGGGCUUGCGGGCUCUGGUCCGCGAUCCUAUCACCAAAAAGUACGCACUACGACUCGACUUGGAGUACUUCAAGUCCUACAUUGAAAAGUGCAACGCCGCAAGCAAUCCCAAGAUUAAUCCCGAAUGUCUUGUCUGGACUCCGUACGUUAUGGGUCGACUUGGUCAGUAUGAGGAUGGUCCAGCUCUGCAGACAGUCCAACAGCGUGACGAAGGCGAAGAGAAGCCUGCAGCAGAAGAGGGCGUACAGAUGGAUGUUGCAAAGACAAAUGGCAACAACGGUGGAGACACCGAACCCUUCCCACCUGCUCCUGCCCAUGCGCUUGCUGCCGAAGAUUCUACCAACGGUGGCUCCCCUGCUCCCGGAACACCCCUCGCAAACGGAUCUACAAUCGCUCUAGCAGGCUCACACAUGGAGGAACCUGCCAUUCCACCGACCCGCUACGAAAUCUUCCCACCCAUCCCCGGCCAACCCGCCCAAAAACGGCGUCCAGGUCGCCCAUUCGGGUCGCGCCGACGAACUAGCACACCAAAUCGCAUCCGCAACACCCCCAUGACGAUCCAUACCGCACCCGUUUCGAAAAUCCAACUCUCCCCUAGCCGGGGCGCUAAAGCCCAAAUGUCGCCCUCAGCCAACGGAGGCGCCCUCACCCCCGGCACCGUAUCCCUUCGCCGCACCCGCAGCCGCCUCGGUGAAACCGUUACAAACGGCGAUGAAGUCGAGCACGAUGCCUCGCGUGGUGGCGGUGCUGUCAAACCCCUCACACCCAACGGCGGCGGGCGCAGCACACGUAGCUCGGCCAGCUCGUCCCGCGCAAGCUUCGAUCUCAAGGGAAAAGGGCGCGAGGUACCGAUUCAUGAGGAAGACGAAGAGGAUGAGGAUGAGGAUGCAGAAGGAGAAGAAGAGGAGGAAAUGGAACGGCAUGAGGAAGAGGAAGAAGAAGAAGAGGAUGUGGAUGGCGAGUAUGAUGAGGACGAGGGGCUGAUGGAUAUUGAUGCAGAGGGAGAGGAUGAUGACGAUGUUGUUAUGGGGGGUGCGUGA